CGUGAUGAAAUUAACAGCGUAUCUCUGCCCAGGUUGGUAAGUACAAAAUUCGGUUCUAAACUUCCUUGUAUUGUUUCAACUGACCUAAAAAUUCCAAGUUCAACAGACCCUUACCAGGAAGGGCAGUCAGUGGAACAGCUAUAUUUAACUGUGAGAAGGCUUUCACAGAAUUCCAGCACGAUGGGGCUUGUAAGGGACCUCUGGAGAACAUCCAGCCCAAGCCCCCUGCUAAAGCAGGACCACCCACAGCAGGUUACCCAAGACACCAGGUGGGUUUGGAAUCUCUCCAGAGGACACUCCACAACCUCUCUGAGCAGCCUGCUCCAGGAUGUGGCACCCUCACAGCAAAGCUCUUCUUGCAAGCUGUUCUUCUCUAAUGAUCCACUGAAGAUCGUCAGGGCACAAGGCCAAUACAUGUAUGAUGAGAAGGGAAGGCAAUACCUUGACUGUAUAAACAACGUUGCUCAUGUUGGACAUUGUCACCCAGAUAUAGUAAAAGCAGCCCAUGAACAGAACCAGCUGUUAAAUACAAACUCUCGUUAUCUGCACGACAACCUGGUCGACUACGCAGAGAGACUUUCAAAAACACUUCCUGAGAAGUUAUGUGUCUUCUACUUUUUAAAUUCUGGAUCUGAAGCUAAUGACCUUGCCCUAAGGUUGGCACGGCAGUACACAAAACAUGAGGAUGUUGUUGUUUUAGACCAUGCUUACCAUGGACAUCUGACAUCCUUGAUUGACAUAAGCCCAUAUAAAUUCAGAAAUCUAGGAGGACAAAAGGAAUGGGUCCACGUGGCUCCUGUUCCAGACACAUACAGAGGACUUUACAGAGAAGACCAUGAAGAUUCAGUAACAGCCUAUGCUAAUGAAGUGAAAAAUAUUAUUGAGCAAGCACAUAAGAGAGACAGGAAGAUUGCUGCAUUCUUCACUGAAUCCCUGCCAAGUGUGGGUGGUCAAAUCAUUCCCCCAGCAGGCUACUUUCAGAAGGUUGCAGAGCAUGUGCACAGGGCAGGAGGUGUAUUUAUUGCUGAUGAAAUUCAAGUUGGCUUUGGCAGGGUUGGCAAGCACUUUUGGGCAUUCCAGCUUCAGGGAGAAGAUUUUGCACCUGAUAUUGUCACUAUGGGGAAACCAAUAGGAAAUGGGCACCCCAUUGCUUGUGUAGCAACAACAAAAGAAGUUGCAGAAGCAUUUGCAGCCACAGGAGUAGAGUAUUUUAAUACAUUUGGAGGAAACCCUGUUUCAUGUGCAAUUGGAUUAGCUGUGUUAGAUGUGAUUGAGAAGGAAAACCUUCAGGCUCAUGCCACAGAAGUAGGCAACUUCUUGAUGAAGCUACUCAGAGAGGAGAAAAUGAAGCAUCCUAUGAUUGGUGAUGUCAGGGGUUCUGGCUUAUUCAUUGGAGUAGACUUAAUCAAGGAUCAAGCAGAAAGGACCCCAGCCACAGCAGAAGCUGAGUAUCUAGUAACAAGACUUAAGGAAGAAUAUAUUCUACUGAGUACAGAUGGGCCAGGAAGAAACGUGCUUAAAUUCAAGCCCCCAAUGUGCUUCAGUAUGGAAGAUGCCAAAUUUGUUGUGGACACAAUUGACAAGCUACUAACAGAUAUGGAAAAAGAACAUCUGAACCAACAGGAACCAUCCACUUGUUCUGCCUGAGCAGGUUUCAAACAAUGGUCAAGAUCUACUACUAAGAAACAUUAUUCUACUAUGAUAAUGCACACUUAAUCUUCAUCCUAGCAUGUCUUAGACCAGAUAAGUUACCUUUAAAUUUGGGGUUUUUUUCAGUUGUCUUGCUGUUAGUAAAAGCUUUAGAAGAAAUAAAUAUUAGAACAGCUUGUUUCAACUCUGCCAGAAGUGUGGAAUGGGAUUUCAUUUAAAACUGCUUAUCUAAAACUGGUUAUUUAAAAAGGAAUGUAUUUCUAGUAGCUACUACAAACCACAUUUUCUAAAUGUUUGCUCUUUCAUGUUACUUAAGAUGAGCCAAUGGUGUCUCUUACAUCUGCUGCUAACCAAUGCAAAUGCCAUUCUAGCUGCCAGUGCACCCAGUCCUCCCUAAGCUCCUCUAACCAGUUUCAGUAGCCAGUUCCAGAACAAGGUCCCCAGUAGCACUGUAUUCAAACACCAGUCUCAGUGACCAGAUCAAGACAAAAACUUCAGUCCCAAAUUCAUAAUAUCAGAAGCCUGAGGAACAGACAGCUGAGGGCCAUGGCUCCCAAACCAGGUCUUACAAAAAUAUUCUGUCCUCAAGAAAUACCCAGGCAGGAUUAGUCCAUGGAGUACAUUACAGG